CAAGAACUUCAAUACCGCCCAGACUUCUGCGUCGCAUUCGACUGUACAGUAUUUCUCUGCUACAAACUGACCGCACUCCGCCCAAUGCACGAGUUAUCGAAACCAGACCACCUUACAUCGCCAUGACGCCAUCCCCCCCUGACACACAAUCAUGCAAUGAAAGACCUCUUCAUUUGCCAUCCAUCAUGAUACAAUAUCCUUAGCCUUUCGACCAGUUAUCUAUGCGUGUUGGCUAUGAGAGUAGCAUGAUCUCAUUCCCCAGUCAUACCCUUGCCUUUCGAAUGAGGGGGGGAAAGGGUGGCAUAUAUACCCCCGUCCUACCGUACUCGGUAUCUCUUUCCCUUCCAGUAGCAAACAAUCCUCAAGAAACAAUCUUCCAUUACACAAUCCACUAUUCAGAAUUCUUGAUCUUACAUUGCCGUAUCUCACCACCAACCACCAAGCGCGCGCGCACAUACACACUUGCUCAAAAGAAACCACCCGAAAAAAAAAUGCCCUCCAAACCAAUCAACUCGCCCCCGCUGCAGCCCAAGAAGGUCGACGGGUUCGUGCGCGACGAUGCCCCGAUCGACGACUACGAGAACGCGUGGAAGGCGCGGGAGGAGAACGAGAACGAAAGCGAGCAGCAGCAGCUGGCGUUCGACGCGCCGAAUGUCGCCGCCGCGAGACGGAUGAACAAUGAGCGGGUGUUGCAUGCGGAGCGGGAUCAUUAUGGGACGACCGGGUCGAAGAAUCGGUCGACGACGGGGCAUUGAGUUUCCCUCCGGGGAUUUUUUUUUUUUUACUUCUAGGGUGAUGGAUGGGUGUGAUGGGGGGAAUCAUUAUGUUCUUGUUCUUGUUCUUGAUGUGGAUAACUAAAUAUCUGGACUAUGACAGAUAUAGGGUUUAUGUGAAGAGUUCCAAGUUGGUAGGAAGGAUGAUGGGUAGAUCUAAAUUGGUUUGUCCAGUUCGUGUCCAGUUGGUUGUAAUCAAUAGGUCAUUCUCACAUUAUAUACACAAAUUCUAUCAAGAGGUACUAGGUAGGGUUCUC